GCGACGGACUGUUUAUUGCGCUGCACGAGGAAGCUUGCACGGACGACAUUGAGGUCUUCUGAGAGGAGUAAUUAUGUAUAGACGAUUAUUAUUAAAUAUUCAUCAAGUCCGAAAUGGAUUAAUUCAUACAACGUAUCCACGGUUACCUUCCACGAAAUAUAUAGUGAGAGAGAUUUUUGCUCCUUUUUUCUGGGUCACAGGUAAAGCAAGCCAGAGGCCAUUAUCUACCAGUAGCAUCUCUUUUAAUGAAAAUAAAGAGGGUUUCACGUCUCUGUCUGAAGAGAAAGGUAAGAGACUAGAGGAGAAUGAGGCUAAAGCAGAGGUUAACAAUGACGGGGACACAGACAUUUCAAAAGUGGCAUUGACAUCUCAGUCAGAGACUGAAUCAGUGGCUAAACCCGAGGACAGUAAAGUGUCUGAGAAGACAAAAACAGGAAAGGAGAGUCUUCUGGACCUGCUAGGCGCCAUGAAGGUGGAGGUCACAACCAAACGUAAAUUAAGUUCCCCAAAGAUUCCCAGAAAUACAGAGAGGCCAGAGCCGAGGUCCAUGGAAAGUGUGCACCGCAUGUUUCAGCAUGCCACAAAUGAGGGUUCACACCAGCGAGAGUCGUUGAGUCCGGCACUGGUUGCUGCAGCUUCUGCAGCUGCAUCCACAUUGCCCAACAGUCAUCAGGCUGAGUCAGAGCUCCUUCAGCAGUUGAGAAAACACGAAGCCAUACCUGACACCCAGAGGAGAACAGAGGGACAGAACAUAGGAAACAUAAUUGCUGAUAUGAAAGUUGGAAAAAGGCAGAAUGACAGAACUGUUGCCAGGCCUAACAGUCAAAUUCGAUUUGACGAUGAUGGUAGGGGAUAUACUCAAGACAGAGGAAUUACCAGUGAACUUGAUGCAGUCCGCAGAAGGAAGAGUCCUUUCACUGGUAAGAGGCUGAACAUCUUCACUGCAGGUGCUGAGCAAGAUGCAGUAUCCGAUCUAGGCCCUACACUUUGGGACAUUGAUCUAACCAGUCAGAUUGUUCAGUCGACAAAUCAAAUGCCUCGGAAUGGCUUUGAGGAGAUGAUCCAGUGGACCAAAGAGGGCAAGCUUUGGCAAUAUCCAAUCAACAACGAGGCUGGCCUGGAGGAAGAGGCAAGUGUGCCCUUCCAUGAACAUGUCUUUCUGGAGAAGUACCUUGAUGAGUCAUUCUCCAGGCACGGCCCAGUCAGACACUUUAUGGAGCUUGUAAUUACUGGCCUUGCAAAGAAUCAUCAACUCACAGUUCAACAGAAACGGGAACACAUUGCCUGGUUCAGAGACUACUUCCAGCAGAAAGACAAUGUUCUCAAAGAGGCAGAGGCAUAACUUUGGAUUGUAAAAUGCAUGAAAGUGAUGCUUUAUUGAAUUGUCUAGUUAAAAACCAUAAUUGGGAUCAUGAAACAGUGUCAAGAAAAAUAAAUAACUGGCAGUAAUAAUACAUCCAGUUUAUAAGAUUGGAUUGUGAUUGCUUCUUAAUGGGUUUGUGUUGUAGUUUACAACCAAUUGCAAAUUGUCUAAUUAUUGUCAUUUAAAAAUAUAUAUUAAACCCGUUUUCCAACAACUUGCUUGGUUAUGGUGUAUGCACAGUGUUGUAAUAUAUUUGUAUACCACUUUGUUCCAAGGCAGCUUUAGAAAGAAUAGUAACUUACAAACCCACCUUGAUUCAGCCAAGGUGGUUAGUCAAGUUAGAGAAAUGGAUACUUCUAGAAGAGUUGUGAGAAUGUGAUUCUACUGUAAAAUUAAAUAGAAAAAUGUUUACCACAGCAUCACUGGCGAGUGAAGCAUAAGUGUACAGCAUUUAGUUCUGAUCCCUCUUAUACAUGUAAGUAAAUUGAUAAACUUAAUCAUAGAACUGCAGCCUUGUGUGUACAGCCAGUUUGUCGAUAUUUGGCACAACUCUUACUCAAGUGAUAUCUCAAUUCUAAAAUGUAUAUUUGUUGCAAAAGUGCUUUUUCAAAAUGAACAGUUGGGAGGAGUAUAUUCAACAAGCACUUACCAGGAAAAUACACAGCUUUUAAGAUUUGAAAGUCAAGAAUCUUUUGCUCAUCUAAUCAUUAACUUUCAAAGCAAUGGUAUACAGAUUUGCAGUCACA